AUUUGAAGCAAUUGUGAAAGUGCGUCGUGAAGUUUUAUGCAGAUAUUACACUGCAUGCUUAAUAUAAGGUUUUAAUAAUACGUCUAUUUGAAUAAUUUGACUUAAAAAAUUUAGAAUGUCGGAUGAUAGUGUAAAACAAUUGCAGUACACUUCAGCUUUACCUGUUGGAUUUGUUGAUAUAUUCGUAUUUUCAUCGUUUGUUGGUGUGUUAUUUUAUUGGUUUCUCUUUCGAAAGCCUAAGAAAGACGAAAAAGAAACUUCUGAUACAGAUACAAGGAAUGUUGUAAAGGAUUUAAGUUUUAUUGAAAAAAUGAAAAAGGGGAAUAAGCAAAUUGCCAUUUUCUUUGGUUCACAAACUGGAACAGCCGAGGAGUUUUCUAACCAUUUAGCAAAAGAUGCAUCAAAAUAUGGAAUGAAGGCUUCUGUUUUUGAUCCAGAGGAAUAUGAAAUGGACGAUUUGUCUCGUUUGGAGGAAAUCAAAAAUUCAUUUGUCAUAUUUGUUGUGGCAACCUAUGGUGAAGGUGAUCCUACUGACAAUGCACGUGAACUUAAUGAAUGGCUAGAAAAUGAUCAAAAUGGACUUGACAAUUUAAAAUAUGUUGUAUUUGGUUUGGGUAACAAGACAUAUGAGCAUUAUAACGUAAUGGGAAAAUAUGUUGACAAACGACUUGAAGAGCUUGGCUCAACUAGACUUUAUGAUGCUGGUUUUGGUGAUGAUGAUGAGGACAUUGAAAAGGAUUUUGUUACAUGGAAAGAGAAAAUGUGGCCUGCAGUUCUUGAAUAUUUUGGUAUUGACAUGAAUGCAAUAACGCUAUCACAGGACAAUAUUCGACAAUAUGAUUUGAAUAUUCACACGGAUCUAUCAAAAGAUAAAGUUUUCUCUGGUGAAAUGGGAAAAGUAAAUUCUUAUAACAAUCAAAAUCCACCAUAUGAUCAAAAGAAUCCAUUUUUAGCACCAGUCGUCGUCAAUCGCGAACUCCAUCAUGGUGGUGAUAGAUCAUGUCUUCAUAUUGAGUUGGAUAUUUCCCAUUCACACCUAAGAUAUGAUGCUGGUGAUCAUGUGGCUGUUUAUCCUAUAAAUGACGAAGAACUUGUGCUGAAAAUUGGCGAGAUUUUAAAUGUUGAUUUAGAUGUUGUUUUCUCCCUUGUUAACAAAGAUGAGGAGUCAAACAAAAAGAAUCCUUUUCCUUGUCCAACUACAUACCGUACAGCUUUGCUUUAUUAUGUUGACAUUACGAGUAAAGUGAAAAGUAAUCUUCUUCAUGGAUUGAUCGAGUAUGCUCAAGAUUCUAAAGACAAAGAAUUUCUUGAGAAAAUCACAAAAAAUGACGAUGAAGGAAAGGAUCUCUUUAAAGAAUGGAUUUCGGAUGAUCAUCGUACCAUUAUAGAUGUUCUUCAAGAUUUACCUUCAGUUCGACCACCUAUUGAUGUUUUACUGGAGUUUUUACCACGACUUCAUUGUAGAUAUUAUUCUAUUUCAUCUUCAUCUAAACUCUACUCUCAUUCUAUACAUAUUACUGCUGUUGUCGUUGAUUAUAAAACACGACUAAAUCGACGAAUUAAAGGUGUUGCUACAACAUGGCUUGCAGAAAAAAAACCUGACGUCGUGGAAAUUCCUCGGGUUCCAAUUUUUAUACGUAAGACUUUGUUUCGUCUACCCAUUAAACCGAGCACGCCAGUCAUCAUGAUUGGGCCUGGUACGGGAUUUGCACCGUUCCGAGGUUUCAUUCAGGAAAGACAUGUAAAGAAAAAGGAAGGUAAACCACUUGGAGAUACAAUUUUAUUCUUUGGCUGUCGUCACAAAGUUGAGGAUUAUAUAUAUGAAGAAGAGAUUAAAAAUUAUCACGCUGAGGGGACAAUUUCUCAUUUGUAUGUUGCUUUCUCUCGAGAUCAGCCUGAGAAACGUUACGUACAACAUUUAAUUGUGGAAAAUAGUGAAACUGUGUGGAAUGUUUUGAACAAUGAUGGUCAUGUUUAUGUUUGUGGAGACGCCCGACACAUGGCUAAAGAUGUUCAUGAUGCUUUGGUCAAUGUUGUUCAUAAACAUGGUGACAUGAGCGAAAGUUCUGCUGAAGAUUUCAUCAAAAAUCUACACAAUAAAGGAAAAUAUUCAGCUGAUGUUUGGAGUUAGACGAAUCGCGUAAAAAGUUGAUAAAUAAUCAUUUUAAAGUCGUUAAGGAAGGAUAAAUAUCGACUUAUGAAGAUGUUAUGAUAAAUUUCAACUAACUUUACCAUAGCUCUUCGUAGUAAUUCUCGACGUACGCACUCUCCCACAUACUAUACAUAGCAGUAGCGAUCAUUUUCAUUUCCAAAUUGAUUAUUUUCUGAAACUAGCACUUAUUGUUUUAUUGGUUUCUUAAAAUUUCAAAAAUAUUUCCAACUCACGUUACGAUACUCGUAGCAAAAUGGUCUAUGUAAAUAUAACAAAUUGACAUCUUUGAUCUUCAAUACAGAAAUUGGUGUAGUUUUAUGUAAUAAAUUUAAUGAUCAAUGGAAUAUUAUAAAUCAAUGGAACAAUAUGAUUGUAAGUAUAUUAAAUAAUAAAUUGAGUAAAAACGUCUUAAACUCAUAUGAUUAUGACGAUAUUGAAAUAUAUCUUCUUAUAAAUUUUC